AACAUAAAAAGAAGAAGAAGAAGAGAAGAAGUGUCAAAAAUUUUCCUAAUGGCGGAGAGUAAGAAAAUUAAUGUAAUUGUGAAGACUCCGAAGGAGAAAAAGACCAUUGAGUGCGAUGAAAAUGCGGAUAUAAAGGAGUUCAAGAGCCUCGUGGCGGAGAAGUUUGAGUCGGAACCGGAGCUGCUAUGCUUGAUUUUUGCUGGGAAAAUCAUGAAGGACGGCGACACACUGAAGGGGCAUAACAUCAAGGACGGCCUCACGGUGCAUCUGGUGAUCAAGGCACCUCCGCGUACGGACGGUGACCAGCAGGCACCACGUCGCCCACCGGCUGACGUCAAUGCCACCCCAUUUGGCAUGAAUCAACUGGGUGGUUUCAGCGGGAUGGAAGCUCUCGGUGUGGGUCAGGGUACCUUCAUGGAUCUCCAGGCACGCAUGCAGAAUGAGAUCAUGAAUAAUCCGGAGCUGAUGCGAAACAUCUUGGACAAUCCACUUGUGCAGCAGCUGAUGAAUAAUCCCGACACCAUGCGUCAGCUCAUCACGUCCAAUCCGCAAAUGCAGGAUCUCAUGCAGCGCAAUCCGGAGAUUUCGCACAUGCUCAACAAUCCCGAAUUGCUGCGUCAAACAAUGGAGCUCGCACGCAACCCAUCGAUGCUGCAGGAGUUAAUGCGGACCCACGAUCGUGCCAUGUCCAAUCUCGAGAGCGUUCCCGGUGGCUACAGUGCUCUCCAGCGAAUCUACCGGGACAUUCAGGAGCCCAUGCUGAAUGCCACCACAGAGCAAUUCACCCGGAACCCCUUUGCCGGGCUCAUGGAUAAUAAUUCAUCCGGCACGAAUCCACAGCAGGGCACGGAGAAUCGUGAGCCACUGCCCAAUCCAUGGGGUGGUGGCGGAAGUGGCUCAGCCGGCGGUGGUCCGGGCAAUACGUCAACGAAUAACCCCAGUCCGGGUGUUCUCAAUACCCCAGCAAUGCAGAGCCUUCUGCAGCAGAUGAGUGAGAAUCCCGAAUUGAUGACAAACAUGAUGAAUGCGCCAUACACACGUGACAUGCUCCGUGCUAUGUCUGCAGAUCCCAACUUGGCGGCCAAUAUGAUCAACCAGAGUCCCCUCUUGGCCAACAAUCCUCAACUGCAGGAGCAAAUGCGACAGAUGAUGCCCAACUUUUUGCAGCGCCUCCAAGAUCCGGAGGUGCAGUCGAUGAUGACGAAUCCGCAGGCAUUGAAUGCAAUUCUGCAAAUUCAGCAGGGGAUGGAGCAACUCCGAGCUGCUGCACCGGGACUUGUUGGCUCCUUGGGAAUCCCACCAGCUCCACCGGGUGGUAUACCUGACACAACGGCAGCACCGAAUUCAACACCCACAACUGGGGUCAUACCGCCUAGUCCGACUGCAGCUCACAACCCGCAACUCUUCAGUGAGUUCAUGGCACGAAUGCUGAACGGCAUGGCGUCCGGUGCGAAUCCCAAUCAACCGCCAGAGGAGAGAUAUUCCACGCAGUUGGAGCAACUAACGGCAAUGGGUUUCGUCAAUAGGGAGGCCAAUCUUCAAGGUUUGUUUAACACUCACAAAAAACUUCAAGAUCUAACCCAACAUGAUCUAAUAAAAAAAAAACUUUAUUUGCUUUUUUUUUCUUCAGCACUCAUUGCAACAUUUGGUGACAUCAAUGCGGCGGUUGAACGACUCCUUGCUCUGGGGCAAUUGUCACUAAGCUAACGCGCCACAGUGGGUUAAACGAGUCACAGUGACAUUGCAAGAAAUGAAAAGAAUAAAUUUUGGGAAGAAAAAAAAAAGAAAAUAAUAGAAUAUGAGGUGUAAAAGAGAAGGAAAAAAUAAGAGUUUCGAGAGAGAAAAAUAACCAAAAUUUAAAUAAUCGGCAAGUUUGUAAAAGAAGAAAGAAAAAUUCAAUGAGCAUAAAACUUUGUCCCAUUGAUCAUAUUUUUCCAUCAGCGAGUGUUAAAAAAUUUUUCCUCUGAUAUUUGGGUAUUUUGUGUAUAAAAAAAUAUAUAUAAAUAUAAAAAAACAGCAAGCGUUUAAUCCUUUUUCGCAGGAAGUAAUAAUCGAUAUAACAAUCAAAUUUCAUAAAAUAAAAGAAAAAAAAAUAUGUUUUAGUGCACCAUCUCAUUACUUUUUUUUUGCGUGAAAUACUAUUAUAGUUUUCCUGUAGCUAUGUCAGUUUAUUAAAUAAAUAAAAAAUGAGAAAGGAAAGAAAGAAAAAAAUCAUAAUAUCAAUCAAAAUGUUUGUCAAGCUUUUUGCGUUUUAUCCCGAGGGUUGAGUUUUAUUGCAAUUUUGCACCCUCAACAAGCAUCUAAAUUUUAUCGAUUUUUCAACUUUCUUUUAUUUUUUAUUAUCGUGCGACAUGUGGUGAUUAUAUAUUUUUAACGAUAAAUCAUAAAAAAAUCAGCAAAAGUAAUAAAAUUUCAUAUUAUGAUGUUUAGUUUUUUUUUUUUAGAAAAAUAGUGGAAAUACAUAAAUGGAAAAAAUAUUGCACGACAGAUGCUAAAAAAUAUCAAGUAAAUGUUAGAUGAGAAAAUAAAUUUAAUAAAAAAAAACAAAUCUUGGUAUACAAGAGAGAGAACAUAAGAAAAAAAAUAUAUUGGUGUAACGGGAAAAAAAGAAAAUCUUUGAAUGAGAAUUACACAAAAUAUGUUAUCAUUCCAAGAGAAUACAAAGAAUGAGAGAAUAUAAUCCACAUGAGAUAUUGCAAAA